GUACUAUAUGUAAAAGUUAUCCUGGAGGUUUGUACAUCCAAACAUUUCCUUCUAAAGGUGAAAAAGCAAAAUAUAUGCCAGUACAUAAACCUAAAGGAGCAAAUAUAAAAAGACCAAGAUCAUAA